GAGGAGACAGGUUAAAGAAGGAUUUUUAAGACUUGAGACAUUUUUGUGUGCCAUUCAGAUGGUGAAUGGGCAACACAAAAUAUGUGUCUUUGAACAGGGUAUGGUAGUAGGUGCCAGGCACACCGGUUUGAGUUUGUCAAGAACACUGCUGGGUUUUUCACGCUCAACAGUUAACCAUGGGAAUCAAGAAUGGUCCACCAUCCAAACGACAUCCAGGCAACUUGACACAAAUGUUGGAAGCAUUGGAAUCAACAUGGGCCAGGAUGCCUGUGGAAUGCUUUCAAACCCUUGUAGUCCAUACCCAACUAAUUGGGGAUGUUUUGAGGGCACAAGGGGAUGCAACUCAAUAUUAGGAAGGUGUUCCUAAUGUUUUGUACACUCAGUGUAUGUGUAGGGUUGGAUGGAGCAAUUGCUGUGCCCCCCUCCCAUUUUUGUGACAAAAUGUGCAAUUCACACUCCGAUCUGUAAAAGGCAGCAGCAAUAGGUUACGCCACACAUCUUCUAGCCUACCGGAAACGCAUACGAAGAAGAAAGGGAAGUGAACAGUGACCAAGAAACAAUUUCCACGUUAGCGUUUUUGUUGUUAUUUAGACGUUUAUUAACAACCUGUAACUCAUAAUAUGACUCAUUUAACUGCACAGCAUCGAAUAAUUACCCCAUGUGGUGUUUAAUUCGCUCUAGAGACAGAACUUGGUUGAUAUAUGUUAUCUAGGUAACGCUAGCUAAGCUGCUAACAAUGGCUAACUGUAUGGUUUUUCACACUCAAAUAGCCUCCAUUAUGGAGGUGCUAGCGAAUGCAGCCGUGGCAGAGAUCUGUAAACUCGUGGACGACGACUAUGCAGUGUUUCGUUUGGAAAUAACUCAAAGCCGGAAAGAAAACAGGGCAUUGCGGAGGAAACUACUAGAACUGAAGGUGGCACGGGAGCGCGCUGAGAGGACAAUGCGAGAGCGCGUCCUCGCCAGUCGUCCCAGUAGUGUCAAGAUCCUUGACCGAUACAGAGGAAUGGCAAGAGGUGAAGGACAUCCCACUGGAGGCCAAAGGAGCUUUGUGAAGCCAGCGGGACACAAUACAUGGAGAGAUGACCAACCAAUCACUGUUGAUGAGGGUGGUGGAACCUCAAACCAGCACGUUAUUGUGAUCGAGUCUGCAGAUGCAGAGGCUGCAGGUCCUGGGGUCAAGCAGGAGAGGUCUGAAGGUGAGGAGGACCCAUGGCACAGCAGAGACAUCCAGACUGGAGUAGCUGGAGCACCCCCUGUAGACACGGAGGACCCCACCACCGUCCCAGCGCAGCCCAGGAUCAGAUGCAGCAUCACGGAGGAUGAGGGUCCAGAGGUGCUGCUGGUGAAGGAGGAGGGAUGUGAUGAGGGUCUGGAAAACCCUGAGGGGACCAUUGUCAUGGAAGACAACCAGACUACACCUCCUCCUGAACGCCCAGCUGAGCAGCAUAGGACAACACACAGUCUCACAGAGUCAGUAGACAUGGAGGAUGGGAAGAUUGAUCUGCUGUUGGUCAAAGAGGAGACGAUAGAGGACGGACCAGAGAGCAUUGACCUGCUGAGUGGACUAAAGAUGGUGGAGCAAGGUGAUUGGCUGGAUAAUAACAGAGGAGACUGGGCGGCCAUCUUGGAUUUCCAGACCCCGACCGGUGCAGCUAAGGUUCCAGGGGACAACAUCACUGAGCAGGCCAGGACCAGUGACGACAGAGUGGAGUCUGCAGUCCACGAGGACCAGUUGAUAUCUGGUGUUGCUUGUAGGAGAGACUGGCCCCGGAUCAGAACCCUGGGUCCGGAGCCAUCGCUCUUCCUUCCCGGGUUGAAACCAGGACAGAACCACAAGGGACAGAGACUCCACCACCACACAGAACAAAACCAGUGGACAGGUGGACUGAACAACCUCAGUCCUGGUGGAUAUCAAAAAGACAGAGGCUCCAGUCAGGGAUCCAGUCUGCAGCCCAGACCCUUCUCUUCACAGUCUCAGUGCAGGGAUGAUACAGGGCCUGGGGCUGAUAGAGAUCGACCCUCCUGUUCCUAUGAUACAAACACCACAGUAUCCAUGAGGAACAGAGCAGGUCACCCUGGGCUUCAGCCUUCACAGAGAGCAGUGGGAGACUACCCUGGUGGUAGUCUAUCAGCAGGUCUGUCUUCUCCUUCAGGGUUUCAUAUAAUGCCUGGUGACUUGGUUCAUAGAAGGUCUGGACCUGGAUCUAGGCUUCCUCAGUUACUUCAUGGUUACCCCACCAAUACAGAAAGGGUCAGAAUGGGUGUUCAUCACAAGAGGUAUCUAGCUUAUAACACAGCACACAAUCCCAACAAUACCCAAACAAUGGCUAGAGGUCAAGGAGGGAACUCAAAGACUAACCACCUGAGGGUGGUCGCUCCUGCUUCUACCUCUAGUGUCAUUGGGUCACAAUGUGGGAGGCUGAGUAUUAGGACGGACGCCGACAAGCCAUACGCCUGCCCCACAUGUGGGAAGCGCUUCGCUGAUGCAAAUUAUGUGAAGAGGCACCAGACCGUUCACACCAAGGAGAAGCCCUUCAAGUGCAAACUAUGUUACAAGAGCUUCUCCUUCUUGACUAGCCUUAUCAGACAUAAGAGUGUCCACAAAGGGGAAAAAUCAUAGCAGUGUGGCUUGAGAAGUACGCAGGGGAUGUCUGGGAACUAUUCUUUAGCUGAAAUAUAGUUCUCAUGUGAAGUGUCUUGGGGUAAGAGGAUAAUUAAUCACAUACCCCUCAUUAAAUUGUAAUUUAAAAACAGGCUUGUGUAAAUACUUGUUUUUAAGAGACAGUACAUCUAGGAUAGAACAAAGACAGUUUAAUAUUUACCUUACUGAGGUAAUGUAAAUGGAAUAAAGUAAUUAUACUUUUCUAAACAAGUCUGCUCUCAGCUUGAAAGAUACAGUACUUCUCAUAGGAGAUUUGAUGUGUAACAAAAUAAGCAGUACCAUACUUCCAAGAACAGCACGCAUCCAUUUUUCAUUUAACUGCACCUUUGAACUAUGAUGCCUGUAAGGGCUGUUGUCCUCCUCCUCCUCAGACGAGGAGAGGAGAGAAGGAUCAGUGGACCAAUACGCCGCAAGGUAUGAUGACAUGAUGAUAUUUAUUGAAACACAAAGACGAAUACGAAAACACUUGGAAAAUUACAAAAUAAGAAAACGACGUAGACGAAACCUGAACAUGAACUUACAUAACUACACGUAGAACUCACGGACAGGAACAGACUACAUCAAACGAACGAACAGCCAAACAGUCCCGUAUGGUACAGACAUGGACGACACAGGAGACAAUCACCCACAAACAAACAGUGAGAACACCCUACCUAAAUAUGACUCUCAAUUAGAGGAAAACGCAAAACACCUGCCUCUAAUUAAGAGCCAUACCAGGCAACCCAAAACCAACAUAGAAACAGAAAACAUAGGCUGCCCACCCAAAACUCACGCCCUGACCAUCACACACAUACAAAAACAACAGAAAACAGGUCAGGAACGUGACAGAACCCCCCCCUCAAGGUGCGAACGCCGGGCGCACCAGCACAAAGUCCAGGGGAGGGUCUGGGUGGGCAUCUGACCACGGUGGUGGCUCAGGCUCCGGACGCUGUCCCCACACCACCAUAGUCACUCCCCGCUUCUGUAUUCCCCUCCCAAUGACCACCCUCCAACUAAAACCCCCUAAAUGAAAGGCCAGCACCGGGAUAAGGGGCAGCACCGGGAUAAGGGGCAGCACCGGGAUAAGGGCCAGCACCGGGAUAAGGGCCAGC